AAAGAGAGUAAUAAUAUAUGGCAAACUCUAUGGAGUUGAUGUCAUGUUUGAUGGUUAGCCUGUUGAUGUAAUUCGAUAUUUUCAAUAUUAAAAAUGAACACGGGAUCUAAUAAAAUGGAUUCGAAUUUAACUGGUAUGUGGGUGAGCUUCUUCACAGCUGCUGGUAUCCCGUCAGAUGUGGCUGCCACAUAUGCUCUGACCUUCACCGAAAACCGGAUACAGACAGACAUGUUCCUCGACCUCAACAAGGAGUACCUGAGGGACAUGGGAAUCACCCGUAUGGGAGACAUUAUAGCCAUAUUACGGCACGCAAAGCAAGUUCACGAGAGCACAGCACGCGACAGAGUUCUGAGCACCACAACCAACGCUGCCAACAAGGUGCCCGUCGCAGCGAUCACAGGACGCUCCACGCUGUCGCAACCGUCUUCGCCGGCUAGUCGUAUUUUGGAGCACUACACUCGGAAUCCACAGGCACCUGAGCCUCCUGCGCCGGCGCAGAAACUUAAGAGGAAGUCAAUAGAAUUUACUGAUGAUGGAUCUGAUGAUUUAAACAUGAAAAAGGCUCGCCUCAUACGUUUUGGAUCUCAGGGGAAUACACACCAGCAAGAAGGCCCGUCAAACAAACAGACAGUGUUCUCACGUCUUGGCACUAGUGAUGCUGCUAACGCCACCUCAAAAGCCGCCGUCAAACCUAUAUACGCCCGGCUCGGCUCCAAACAGCAUCAGCACGAGAAGCAGCAACAUCAACCUGUGCCGAUUGAGAAGGACGCUCUCAAGUACGAGGGCAUACUGAAGAGUUCACCGGUAAUCAAGAAGGUUGUGACAGUUACAACAACCAAGAAUAAUGUGAGGAGAAUCGCCAUGGGUGCGUGCACUAUGCGGGCAGACGAAACACCCGUCAGCGUCAAGGAAAAAUUAGACUUACCCAAAGCAAAAUCUGUGAAAUUUUCCAACCAUGUCCAAUAUAAAGAAAUUGAAGGGAAUAAGAAACAAGUAGUGAAAGGUAAGGCAGUGACUACAGUGUUCAAUAAGCCAGAGAGGAGGUUGUCUAUGCCAGAGAGUAACGAUGUGAAGACCAGGCUGGGAACCAAGAGUGUAAAAAAUAUAUCAGUGAACAGGAAUGUGUUCCACAGGCUCGGCGCCUGAUGCGGCUGCCGCUCUCUCGCAGUCACUGCAUAUUUGUGAUGAACAUGAGUGUAAAAUAUGUAAGUGAAUGUUCAAACUUUAUAGUGUUGUGUCAGUUGAAGAUAAGUGAUAUUUGUAGACAUCUAAAUUGCCUCAUUGUUAGCAUACUUGUGCUGUGAGCCAUGAGGGCUUAGAAUUGAUCCUCAGGUUAAGCAACUCAUAUUUUUGUGAUUUGUUAUGCGAAAACACGCACCUAACUUGCUUCUGGCAACAGGAUUAGUCAGAUGUAUUGCAAAAAUAUUGUCUUGAAUACCACACAAAUUGAAAAAAUUAUAUAAUUCCAAUGUCAUUGUAUGUAAAAGAGUUAUAGGUAAAUACUAUAAUGAUCAAGUUUUUUUGAAUUAGCGAAGUAUACAUACAAAGGCACAAGUCGUGAGCAUACUCGUGAUUGGUCGUUUUGACGUCCAACACGAAAUUGUUUCGCGCGAUUGGUUCAUUAGUUGAUGCUCGUUGUCUAUUGGCUAACGCGUGGCAUGCGGUUACUAUACAUAUAUUUUCGUUCAAUUAGUGCCCACGUGAGCUCGUCUACACUGUUCAUCUGUGUUUAUGACUUGUGUUGUUUACUGUAUUCCCCUACCAACACACGACGUGGGCUAUGAUAGUCAAUCAUAUGCUCCAUCGGCAUUGGACUAUAUAAAUAUAUUUUCCGAAUUUAUCUUUUCAAAGAAAGGGGGCAUUCGCCUCGCAGUGUGACAUAAUAGCCUUUUUAUUGAAUAAUAGGUUACAGCACUUUAUUAUAUUUUUUUAUUAUGUUUUAAUUGAAGAGAGCUUUGUAUUGUACAGAGAUGUAUGAGUGAGUGUGUAUGUAUAUUUAUAGGUAGGUUUAGUAUAAAUUGUGUCUAUAGUCAUGUAAGAUCUUAGGUUACGAAAAAAAUUAGAGUAAGGUCCCUCGAAUGUCAUGUCUGAAAUAUAGGGCGUUUGAAUGCCUCGCGUAUUUUCGGGAUAGCUUUGACGUUUAUGAACCCGCCAUUAGCCUGUCUAAUAUUUUGACAUUGGCUAAUCGGUAGUGUCAUUGAGUCUUCAAAAAAUAAGAAUCGCGGUAUCGCGCUAAAGGGGAGGCGUAUGAAGCGGUUAAAACAACUUACUCUAGACCAGCGACAAAAUGAUCCGUAUUGUAAGGACGUUAAAAGGCAUCCGCAAAUACACCGAAACUGUAAGCGCUAUUUAUACUGGACUAAUAAAUAAAAUAAAAGUUGAUUUUGUGACAUUUCAAGUGUUUUAUGUAAUAAUUUUUUUGGUGCUUCGAAUAAUAUAGACGUAGGCUUUUAUGAUUUUUACCCGUAAUAUAAUUUUUUUAUAUGUAACCAUAAUACACAGAUAACUAUAGGACUUGUUUACACGUGAGUCUGAAAAAGAAAAGAAACAAAUAAAAUGGAAGCCUUGAAAACUAUAAUUUUGCGAGUCAUUUUUUUCUCGAAGGACUGAUUUUUCUAUCAUCAGAUAAAAGGUACUAUAUUAUAAAUAUGACAUAUUUAAUUAUGACAGACCUAUGUUAAAUUAAAGCACUUCAAAACAAAAUCGGGUAUCAGCUAAGGUCUUAUUGAACAAUGUUGGAGAUCGUGACUUGAGCCUACUGGAGAGCUGUCGUUUUUAUCAUUUUCUUACUUGUAAAUUAUUGAAUUUAUGUUAAUUAUUUAUUACUCUAAGGGCCAGACAAUACUGAAAAAAAAAACAUGUUACACUUUUAUCUGAUGAUCGAAAAAAUAGCUCUAAGUUGAAAUCCUUCCGUGUAAAGUGGGUAGUUUGAUAUAUUGCGUGAAGUCCGUCGACAGAAUAUUAAUUAUGCAUAAUUUAAUGAUAAAGUUCCUUUGUGUGUGAGCUAUGCGUGUGCAACAUAGUUCUGCAGAGUUUAAACACGUGUGGCGUGUAUAGGCAAAUAUUUUUUUUAAGUAGUUCUAUUAUAUACCGCUAGAUGUCUGUAAUGGUAGUUUAGAAAAUAUAGGAUGAGUUUGGGUAUAAUCGUUAUUUCUAAAUUGCGGUUACGUACCUCAUUUAUUUGCCUGUGUAUUAGUUUUCGUUACAGUUUAGCUGUGAACGAUAUUACCCCGUGAUCCGGUCUUACCCCAACUCAACCGAUGGCUUUUUUUAAAGUUAUAAAUGACUUAAGGAAAGUUAUUUUGAUGGCAGACAUUACGUUUAAGAAUAGCGUAAAAACAAAUAGUCUUCUUUGGAUAUUGCUUUAAAGCACUAGAAAAAAACUGGACUAUUGUUACGCUAGACGUAUUUUUCGUUUUAUUAGCGACAUCUAGUGUAAUUAAUUUUAAAUUGUAUAAUUGUAGAGAUCAAAAGUUGUGAUUAGUGGAAUCUUUUUAAAAUUUAUUUUAUCUUUAGUUCUCUCUCAUGUCUGAUAAGUUAUAUACAUUAUGUGUAUAGGUUAGUAUGCACAUUGAUAAACUAUUUUUUAUAUGUCAUUUCGAAAAUUAUUUGAUUAUGUCUAUUCGCUAAUGAGUAAUUUUUUUAAAAUAAAACUAGCUAUAAUAAUUAUAUACAAGUCCGUGAUUUGUGGUUUUAAAUUACUAAUCGGUUCGGGUGAUGUUUACACGUUCCGGUUGCCUGUUAGACACUUAUACAUUCAUUUAUAUACCGGAAUAUUAACACAUUUAUUAAAACCGGGACUCCGGUAGCAACAUGUAUACCGGAAUUAAUUUCCAGCUAUGUGUACUUGCAAAUAAAAUAAACAAACGUAAAUUGCCAAUUUUAUAAAGAUCCUUUUUUAGUUUUGUAAAUCUUUAGUAAAUCGUAUUACUGCUUUUUAAAAAUAGGUUUGACGAAUGUGUAAAUAUUAAAUUGUGUAAAGUCACUGUCACUGUAAAUACUGCAUUAUUAUAAUUUCGUAGUGUUUUGUUGAUGAGUUUAGUUACAACUCUCCCAUAUAAUGAUAAUUUGCUCGCCACUCCGGCAGUACCAAAACCCAUUGCAUGCAUCCUUCUAACCUGUAUUUAAUACUUUCAGGCUGAGGUUAUUAAUUUUUUUUAAUGUUUGCAGUUUUUUAGAAACCUACCUCUCAAAUAAGUAUUGGUUAUUCUCCAAAUUAACUGAUUACUAAGUGAUUCAUGAGCUACUAUGGACAAAAUAUAUUUAAAACUAGUAAGGUCAGGGGCUCUAUUCCGUCUACGGGGGUUUAUCCGUCUUUUAGCAAACACGUUGUAAUCGAAGGACAGCUUUGAUGGCUGUAUAUAUAGGGAUUUUUUUUACUUUCUUACUUAUACGGUAUCGAAGUUGCCCUUCGAAUAGAAUGCCCGUAAUUGCAAAAAUAACGGAUUCGCUCCUAUAGAGGGAAUAAGGUCGUUUGCCCUUAAAUACAAAUUUACGGAUAGAUCUCCUGCUGAUUGUAACGAGGCAUGGCGUAGACUCUUAGGCAAGCGACCUGUACAUAAAAGAUUUAAAUAAGUAAAAGAAAGAGUAAAAACGUGUGUAAUCGGAUAUUAAAACAUAACAACACACUGUUUCAUUGACAAGGUUAUACAGGGUGUGCACACAAUGUAAAGAAAAUAUUAAAUGUAAAGGUGAAAACUAUUGUGGUCGUUUUCUUUGACAGUAUUAUUAUGAAAUGGAGAUCAGAGCUGUUUAGUUUGAUUUAUUUUUGUUUAAUGUUGUUUGGGUCUUGUUAGGUCUAAAUAAUUAUGUCGAAAAUGGCGGCAUUUUCAUCAUUGGCGGGUAAUGAAAAGAACGUUAAUUUUAAAUUAAAUUUGGUAAUAAAAUAUUGCAUAGAGUAUUUUUUACAUUAGAUUGCCGGCUAGCCCGAGGUGGAUGACUUUCGACCGUUUCGAAUAAAUUGGUAAAGCUUUGCUUUGGGUUUGUAUUUACAGAGAUAUGAGACGGUAACUCAUGUAAGUAUGUCGGAGUUUGUCUAGGUAGGUAUCGUCCGGUCUAGAUAUUUCGUCGAGCAGCUUUUAUGCUAUGUUAUUUCUGUCUGAAUAAGCUAAGUCCAUUAAUAACGUGAGGUGAUUUUGGCGAUUUUUAAAUCUUCUGUCACGUGAGAUUAGGGGAGAUGACCCCUCCCGUAAUUUUACGUAAGAUUGUUCAAAUUUUCAGUGUUUAGUUAACUAGUUUAAUUUUUAUUUGGGGCGAGUUUGAUUGCUCGCAAUAUUAUUGUUUCUAGCAAUAUUACAUUGAUACUUCUCAGGUCCUCUGCUUUCCCCCUCAUGAGAUUGGCUAAGAUUAGGCUCUCUUCGCCACAAAAUGCUUAACGUAAUGGACGCUCCGUAAGAUGGUGAAACUGUAUUUCAAUAAAUAGGCAAAAGAUCUGCGUGGAGUGGCGGUAAAUAAUAAUUGAUUUUAUUGUGAGUAAAUUACUAAAAACAAAAAUUUCCACGACAGUAUGAAUAUAAUCAUUUUGAAAUUAAAAUAAGGCUGCCAUUUGAGUGACAUCAGUUAAAUCAGUUGCGUUAGGAUAUAUGAUUAUACAGUUUUAUUCACCAUUGUAAUAUAAUUUGUACUAUAAUUAUAUGGUUUCUAUUUUGAUAAGGAAUAAAUGAAGUCGAAUUUUUAAA